UUUGUUUGUGAAAACGUUUGUACAUAUUUCACAUGUAAAUACAUGUGAACCCAAUGAGAAUUACUGAAAAAUAGUUUUGUGGUAAUGAAAAUUUUGGGGAAGGGUUAGUUUAAUUGUCAAGAAAAAUAUCACAACGAAAAACAAAUUCGAAACAGACAUAAAAAUUAAUUUCUUUAUUCUAAAUAAUUUUUCUUUUGAUUUUGAAAUUACUGAAAUGCUGACCUGUUUAUGUGAGUUUCACCUACCCAUUUAUAGCUAAAAUAUAUAAUUUGAAUUGUAUUCAAAUGUGAAUAAUUCGGUAGCUUAAUGGAAAAGAUCACAAUUGACAUGUUGGUGCUCUUGUUUUUGUUAUUGUAAGCACUAAGCAGAUGUGUUUCUUAGUGCUGAGUCAGUAUGGCGUAAUGGUGAUACCAUGGCAGUAACUUGUGAAAAGAAGGCUGGGUUGUUUGACGGGUUUGGCUUCUAGUGAGCUGAUUAGAGCAGGAUAUUAUCAGAAUGCACACACACACGCAUUCAGAUCAUAUUGAGUGUUGUGCAAGUUUCUUUUGCACAUUGGAACAAGCGAUGGCUGGACCGAGGCCUGUGGUGAUGAGUGGACCCUCUGGGGCUGGGAAGAGCACUCUGCUAAAGAAACUGCUCAAGGAGUUUGAUGGUGUAUUUGGCUUCAGCGUUUCCCAUACGACGCGAAGCCCCCGUCCAGGAGAGGAGAAUGGCAAAGAUUAUCAUUAUGUUACCAGGGAAGUUAUGGAGGCGAGCAUAGCAAAUGGUGAAUUUAUUGAAAAUGCUGAAUUUUCAGGGAACAUGUAUGGAACAAGUAAAGCAGCUGUACAGGCUGUUCAGGCAAAAAAUUUGAUUUGCAUUUUGGACAUUGACAUGCAAGGAGUGAAAAACAUCAAGAGAACCGAUCUCAACCCCAUCUAUGUGUCCAUCCAGGCCCCGUCAAUGGACAUCCUGGAAAAACGAUUAAGGGAUAGAAAAACUGAAUCUGAGGAAAGUCUACAAAAACGUUUACAUGCAGCCAAAGUUGACAUGGAAAUAAGCAAAGAGCCUGGAUUAUUUGAUGUGGUCAUUACCAAUGAUGAUCUUGACGUAGCAUAUGGGAAAUUAAAAGAUGCUCUUCUCGAGGAAAUCCAAAAGGUCAGAGACUCCAGCAAACCCUAGAUGAGAACACACUUGCCAACAACAGCGACCUCUCUAUUCACUUCCAACUUAGUUUUCAAAUCUGAACAUUCCACCCAGGGAAGACUUUAUGAAGUUUGAUCAGUACUCCAACAAAACUGAAUGUAAAAUAUAUUCAUUACUAAAUGGUGCAGACUAAUAUAUUCCACGUUCAGUUUAAUUAUUGAUCACGUAUGUUACUUCAUUCCAGGGCUAAAGCUAAAAAAGCAUGUAAGAUUCAACCAAGAAACACUCUAACUCUCAAGGCCUUCUCUUUGAAACAGUUUGUUUUUAUUUUUUAUAAUGAAGGAAGAUUGUUAUAUCUUUGCUAUAUUUGGUGUAUUGUUUGCUAUAUCUAUUUGGUAUUGAUAUAUCUAACUAGCAUGUUCCCUAAUGUAUUGCUUUUCCAUGCUGAUCUUUUUUGAUGACUCUUAUCUCUUUUAUUAUAAAAUUUAUCUUAGUUGCUGCUGUAUACAAAUAGGAUAAGCAGCUUUACAUUUGUGAUAUUUAAACAUUCUAGCUAUUAUCUGCACAUAUGGCUGCUUUCAUUCUUACAAUUCCAUCUAAACGUCUGACAUAGUUAAGAAAAGAAGCUUUGCUCGACUUCUACAAAUUCUUAAAUAAUGGUUGCUUCCCAUAUGCUGGUGUCUUGAAUUGCACAAUCAUGUUUCACAUACACAAGUGAAAUAUUGUCCUCUUUUUUUUUUUUUUUUUUACAAAAUAUGUUUGUUUUAUAAAGAGUUCAAAGGCAAUACAGGUGUUGUUUCAGAUUUUUAGUGUAAGGCAGCUCAUAAACACAGCCACAAGUCUUGUAGCAAGUAGGUUUAGGACAUGUCAUUGACACAAAGCUUUUACUCUUAUACAGCUGAUCUUUAGCAGAUGUUCAGAUUGCUCCAGCAAUUCUAAUCUGUCCCUGUCAAAAUUAAAUGAGGCAGUUAAAUAAUUUGGAAACCAAAGUAAAACAUAAUUUUUUAAAAUAUGAAACUACAGAAUAAUUUUUUUCUUGUUGAUUUGUUUACACCCUUAUUAGCAGUUAAAACAUUUAUACAAAGUGAUUUCACAUGAUUAAAUGCCUUGAUAGACAUAAUAUUUGUUACCUUCCCAUAUUUGUCAAAUAUCAUUUACCUGAUAUAACAUAAUAGAUUGACUUUUAAAAUGUAGUCUUGUAUUUUUUUUUUUUUUUUUUUAAUUAGCACAUACACUGUGGCAGCAGAAGAAAGUUUGGCAUCAAGUUUAUAUUCGAUUCUCCAAAACCUUCAAAGUACUGUGUGUGACUUUUUGUCCAUUGAGUGUGAAAACAAUGUAAUAAAAUGCAAAUUGAUGUAUACACAUACAUGGUUUAUCAAAAUUGAACAAAGGUUUUCUUAAAGUUGCACAAUUUUAAAGAAUUUAAGGAAACCAAAUGACCAGACACCAGCUGUUUUUGAAAUGUAGAACGAUCCUGUGUAUGUUGCGAAACUUCUAAUAAUUUAGGUUGGGUUUUUUUGUUUGUUUUUUUGCAUAUACAAGUUGACAGUUUUUUUUAAUUUUUUAUUAUGUCUCUAGGGUAUCUUUCAAAACUGCAGAACCUAUUUCAGAGUUUUAUUUUAUUCCUUGGUGCAUCUUAAACAUUUAGUUGAAAUAGACCUGUCAAAUAUUUGUGGUAUAUAUGAAAGCUGAGAAAUGCAUUUAAUGUCUCAAAUGUAUAAACCAAAUGUCACUGUUUUCUUUUUUAUUCGUAAACUGUGUACAUGUACCAUGCAGGUGUAAUAAAACUACGCUAUUAAAGUUAA